AUGGAUCAAUCUCACCGGAAGAAGUCACACGCCCUUGUCAUCACGUACCCUCUCCAAGGCCACAUCAUCCCCUCCGUCCAUCUUGCCACCAAGCUCGCCUCUAAUGGCUUCACUGUCACCUUUGUUAACACCGAAUCAAUCCAUCAUCAAACCUCAAAAGCUCAAAACAACAACAACAACAACAAUAUUUUCGCUGGAGUACGAAACUCUGGUCUUGACAUUAACUAUGAAAUAAUCUCCGAUGGCUUACCGAUCUCCUUUGAUCGAUCUCUCAACCAUGACCAGUUCAUGGCUUCACUUCUUCAUGUCUUUUCAGCUCAUGUAGAAGAACUAGUGAAGAAGUUGAUGAGUUCUGAUGACCCGGUCACUUGCAUUAUUGCUGAUACAUUCUUCGUCUGGCCUUCGACCAUUUCGAAGAAGUUCGGCAUCCCUUACAUCUCUUUCUGGACUGAGCCUGCUCUUGUUUACUCUCUCUAUUAUCAUAUGCAUCUUCUCCGGCUCCAUGGCCACCUUUCAAAUGCAUGGAUUGCAGAUAAUAGAGAGGAUACAAUAACAUACAUUCCAGGAGUACCAGAAAUUGAGCCAAGUGAUCUCAUGUCAUAUCUCCAAGAAACAGACACAAGUUCAGUGGUGCACCAAAUCAUCUUCAAAGCAUUUGAGCAAGCAAAAGCAGCAGACUAUGUGAUUUGCAACACGGUCCAAGAGCUUGAGCCAGAGACCAUCUUAGCACUCAAUGCAAACCAACCAUUCUAUGCAAUUGGACCAAUCUUUGCACCAAGUUUCAGAAACACUUCACCUUCUACCGCAAUAGCUACAAGCUUAUGGACUGAGUUUAACUGCAAACAAUGGCUUGACUCAAAGCCAAAAGGCUCAAUUCUCUACAUAUCUUUUGGAAGUUAUGCACAUCUUAGCAAGAAGGACUUGGAGGAGAUUGCAUGUGGAGUUUUUAAGAGUGAGGUUGGAUUCAUUUGGGUUUUGAGGCAUGAUAUUGUUAGCUCAGAUGAAGUUGAACCUUUGCCAAAGGGAUUCAUGGAGGAGAGCAAAGAGAGAGGAAUAGUUGUGCCUUGGUGUUGUCAAACUGAAGUUUUGGCUCAUGAUUCAGUUGGAGGUUUUUUAACUCAUUGUGGAUGGAAUUCAGUGUUGGAGAGCAUUUGGAGUGGUGUGCCAAUGCUUUGUUUUCCCCUUCUCACUGAUCAGUUUACAAAUAGGAAGCUUGUUGUGAGUGAUUGGAAGGUUGGGGUUGAUCUUGGAGGCAAAGGGAGGGCAGAUAGAAGGGAGGUUAGUAAGAAGAUUAAGUGUUUGAUGGGUCGAGAAGAGUUUAAGAAGGAGAUUAAGGUGGUGAGAAGAGCAUUAGAGAAUGCAACUAGUGUUAAUCCUAAGGGUUCUUCUGUUAAGAACUUUUGA